AUGCUGCAAUCUUUCUUCUUCAAAACGAGAAUAAUACCUGUUAUAUUAGCACAUCGAUCAAUUUUAUCAAUUCAAGCAAAGAAAUUGUCUUAUAAAACACGCAUUCGACGAUUGUAUAAUGAUGGAAUAGAUUUAAAACAACAAACUAUCGAAAUUAAUCCUAUAGAACGUGUUCGACGAUGUUCACUUCACAAAAAUGAUGAUAUUUGGACUUUAUAUAAAACAAUGCAUCCUAACGUACGAACACUUGGUGAUACUUUGCAUGAAGGAUAUAUUAAUUCAAAAGAUGGACCAUGUUUAGGUGUUUUAAAAUCAUCGAAUGGUAUUGAUUCAUUACAAUGGCUUUCUUAUUCCAAUGUUAAGGAACAAUGUCGAUACAUUGGUUCAUAUUUAUGGGCAAAAACAAAACUAACACCGAUGCAAUCGAAAGUAGCUAUUCUAUCAUCCAAUCGUCCUGAAUAUUUGUUUGCUGAACAAGCAUGUUAUAAGUAUGGAUUUAUUGUUGUUAGUCUUUAUACUACUUAUGAUGCUGCAACUAUUUUAAAUGUCCUUCAAAGGACUCAAGCUGAGGUACUUGUAGUCGAUAAUUUGAAACGUAUUGAAGCAUUUCAAGAUGAUUUAUUGAACAAUAAUCAAAUCAAGGAGAUAAUAGUCAUGGAUGACACAAACUAUGACGAGAAUAGUAAAAUUCACUCGCUUUCAACAAUAUUCAAAUCAAUAAAGAAUAAUAAUUUAUGUGACCGACCAAUAAUUGAUCCAGAUAGUAUUGCUACGUUUAUCUUGACGAGUGGAACAACAGGAGAGCCAAAAAUUGCUAUGUUAUCCCAUGAAAAUUUGUUAGCAACAGCAAAAGGUCAUCUUAUACGUUUAGACAAAGCUAAUAUUAAAAGACCUUUAACUGAUCGACAUUGUUCAUUUUUACCUAUGGCUCAUAUAUAUGAAAGAUUUAUACUUUUACAAGGUUUAUUACGUGGUACACAAAUAGUAUUUUGUCCAGAACCUGAAAAACUUCCUAAUUACUUAUCAAUUGUAAAACCAUCUCAAGCUUCUGUGGUACCUCGUGUUCUCAACAAAGUUUAUGAUGCAGUUAUGGCUGAAGUGAAUAAAAGUAAAGUAAAACGAUUUCUUGUUCAACAAGCACUACGUCAACAACCGUCGUUUCUAUCACAUUUUGCUUUUCAUAAAAUUAAAAAUCUAUUUGGUAAUAAGGUAAAAGUAAUGAUAACAGGUGCAGCACCAAUCACACCAGAUGUCAUGCAUUUUUUUCGUAUUGCACUCGAUAUACCAAUUAUGGAAGGAUAUGGUCAAACAGAAUCAGCAGGUGCUGGUACAAGUACUCAUCCAACUGAUAUGUCAUAUGGUACAAUAGGAUCGCCUGUACCAGUCGUUGAAAUCAAGUUAGUUGAUAUACCCGACACAAUCUAUCGCAGUGAGAUGAAUCAAGGUGAAGUUUGUAUCCGUGGACCAACUGUUUUUAAAGGCUAUUAUGGUGAUGAAGCAAAGACAAGGGAAGUCAUUGAUAAAGACGGCUGGUUGCAUACAGGCGAUGUAGGCGAAUGGACAAACAGUGGUGCAUUGCGUAUUAUUGAUCGUACGAAACAUAUAUUUAAACUAAGUCAAGGAAAAUACAUAGCACCAGAACGUCUUGAAGAUAUUUAUAUUCGUUCUCGUUGGGUUGCACAAAUUUUUAUUGAUGGAAUUUCUACUGAAGAAACUGUCGUAGCUAUUGUGAUACCUGAUGAAGAAUAUGUUCGAAAGAAUUUUCAACCAAUAGCUAGUGAAACAUCAUUUGCUGAUUUAUGUAAGAAUACAAAAUUAAAAGAAAUUAUUUUAUCAGAUUUAAAACAUUUAUCAGAAGAGUAUAAACUUAAAACUUAUCAAACAUUGAGCAAUAUUCAUCUUCAUUCUGAAUUAUUUUCACAAAAUAAUGGACUUCUUACAGUAACACUGAAAACACGACGAGCAAAUGCUCGAAAACAAUUUCAAUCAAUAAUUAAAUCACUUUAUCAAGUUAAUCGAAUUCCAGCAAGCAAACUUUCAUAG